CUGCUGCAGAGCCGCGAAAGAGGACCAUUGCACUCCCGCCUCCUGCAGAACGCAACCAACCACAGCUGAGCAACAGCCAGCAAGCGGGAAGAAGAGUCAAUCACAGGGCACCUUGGAAAACUCCAGGAUGCAGACGCCAGCACUAGCUUGCCUCACCCUGGGCCUGGUUCUGGUCUUUGGGGAAGGCUCUGUUUUACAUCACGAGUCCCGCACAAUCCACCAGGCCACUGACUUCGGCGUCAAAGUGUUUAAGCAUGUGGUACAGGCCUCGCAGGACCGGAACGUGGUUUUCUCUCCCUACGGGGUGUCUUCAGUGCUGGCCAUGCUGCAGCUGACCACGGCAGGGAAAACCCAGCAGCAGAUCCAGGAUGCCAUGGGAUUCAAAAUCAAUGAGAAGGGUACAGCUCCUGCCCUCCGUCGGCUGUCCAAGGAGCUCACGGGGCCAUGGAACAAGAAUGAGAUUAGCACUGCGGACGCCAUCUUCGUCCAGCGGGACCUGGAGCUGGUCCAGGGCUUCAUGCCCCACUUCUUCAAGCUCUUCCGGACCACGGUGAAGCAGGUGGACUUCUUGGAGGUGGAGAGAGCCAGAUUCAUCAUCAAUGACUGGGUGGAGAGGCACACCAGACGUAUGAUCAGUGACUUACUUGCCGAAGGGGCUGUGGACCAGCUGACACGUCUCGUGCUGGUGAACGCCCUCUACUUCAAUGGCCAAUGGAAGACCCCCUUCUCAGAGGCCAGCACCCACCACCGCCUCUUCCAUAAGUCUGACGGCAGCACCGUCUCUGUGCCCAUGAUGGCUCAGACCAACAAGUUCAACUACACUGAAUUCACCACUCCUGAUGGCCACUACUACGACAUCCUGGAACUGCCCUAUCAUGGCGAAACCCUCAGCAUGUUCAUCGCAGCGCCCUACGAGAAGGACGUGCCCCUCUCUGCCCUCACCAACAUUCUGGAUGCUGAGCUCAUCCGACAAUGGAAAGGGAACAUGACCAGACUGCCCCGGCUCCUCAUCCUGCCCAAGUUCUCUCUGGAGACUGAAGUGGACCUCAAAGGGCCCCUGGAGAAUCUGGGCAUGACUGACAUGUUUAACCCAGCCCAGGCUGACUUCUCCAGUCUUUCUGACAAGGAGCAGCUCUCUGUAGCUCAGGCCCUGCAGAAAGUCAAGAUCGAGGUGAACGAGAGCGGCACAGUGGCGUCUUCCUCCACGGCCAUUGUUGUCUCAAGCCGCAUGGCCCCUCAGGAGGUGGUUAUGGACCGACCCUUCCUCUUUGUGGUUCGGCACAAUCCAACAGAGACGAACCUCUUCAUGGGCCAAGUGAUGGAGCCUUGAUAGCCAGAAGAGAGGCCUUCGCUCGGGAUGAAACUGGAGCUGUAAUAAGCAGAAACUCUGAAGAAGAGAAUUAUUCUAAGUGUUCUUUUGGGAGAAGGAGAAGGCAUUUCUUUCUCCCUUCUGGCCAGCCUCCCAGACCUCAGACUCUCGAAGGGGAAAGUGUCUAACUCCCUCACUGGAGGCAGACUCCCCUGAUCCAGACCCUCGACCUCACAGAACCUUCAUCUGCUCAUCUUUCUCCCGUUCAGCCUUUGGACCCAGGUCCCACCAACGCCCCAAGGGGCCUCAGGGCUUUCCCUCAGCAUGCUGGGGCAAAAAUCACACUGUGGCCACCUCUUGCACCGUCUGCCGCUGCUGAGGUGGGUGUCCACAGGCAAAGGAAGAAAUGCCGCCUUAUCUCAAGGUCCACCGUGGGGAUGACCACCUUGCCCAGCUCCGACGGGCAGCAGAUGGACAGACUGGGUGUUUGCCCAGUAUGGAGCCCAGUUCCUCUUGUCCCUCCCCGACACAGCGUGCAGAGGUUCUUUCAGAGUGUAGGAGACUUGUUUACAUAGCUUCUUUAUCUUCACUCACAACCCAGUUUUCUUUUGGGAAGGGAAAGAAAGAUCAGAUGUGUGUGUGCCUGGCUCUUCAUCCGCAGUCUCACUGAGGGGGUGCGGGGGAGAUGCCGGGGGUGUGCUUGACUAUUUAUCUCAUUCUCCCUCUUGUAUGCUGGUUGGAAAGAAGAAGCACUGUUAAGAAAAAAAGCAUUUUAUUUAAACCAUGGCACACGGUGUCCCGUUUGGGGUCUAUAUCCCUGUCUCUCAGGAGCCUCACUCCACAAGCCUGCCCUCCUGGUGGUCCCCGUGAUGGGGCUCACACUGCCGCCUAGUGGUGGCCUAACGCACCCUUACCCCAAUGCUCCCCACCCCCGCCCCUACCCCCACCCUCCGUGGCUUUUUUUCCCUAGGGACCUUGCCAAGGUGAUGCUUGGCAGCCCACGUUAAAGGAAGAAGAGGAAGGGAAAAAAAAAAGAUUGGGUGGAAGAGAGAGAUUUGAGGGAGGGCAAAGUGGUUUCAAAUUUUUCCAAUACAUUCAGGAGCAGAAUGGUAAAGGGACUGUGUGACCUAACAGGACAGAACUUUCUCCAAUUACUGGGUGACUCAGAGCCGCACUGGUGACUCACUUCAGUGUGUCAUUUCCGGCUGCUGUAUGUGAGCACUGGACACGUGGGGAGGCGGGGGAGAUGAGAGAGACAGCCAGCUCCCGGUCAACCACCUUCCUCCUAUAAUCAUUUUUGAAAGCCUCCUUAGCUGGGGGUAUGAUCAGAAAACCAAUUUACUGAAACAUUGCGCAAGAAGGUACCGUGAAUGCAAUCUCAUAGCAGGCCACUCUGCAUCCAUUACGCCUCCACUGGAAAGAAAAACAAAACUCAUUCUUUGUGUUUUCGUUUCCCCCUCUCUCCCUCUCCUUCUCUCUCUCUUUUUCCUCUUUUUGUUAUGCACUGGACAGCCAUACACCGUGUACCCACAGGGGCCCCAAAUGUGGGCAUGAAUGUUCUUGAAUUUUGUUGGUAACAAGCAUUUUUUUUCACUUUUGAUAUAUAAGCAGGUAAAUAUAUUUUCAAAAACAAUAAAAAUAAAUAAUAUGCAAGCAACA